UGUUAGUUACUCCUCUAAAUUACUUAGAAAAGUGGUAAAAAGUUGUUAUACUAUAAAGUGUUAUAUAUCCUCGUAAAGCUGUGUUGAAGGACUAUCCAGUGGUGUUUACGUCUUAUCAGGACAAUAAUGCGUUCGUGAGUAAUAAGCAAAUUACUUUUAAAAAUUUUAAAUAACGACUAAUGUUGUUGCGGUGUCCCUGACCUAGGGCAACCCGCAGAUCGCUCGCUUCUACGCACACACGCAUAACGCUUACACGCCCGCCCGCCAACCGAUUCGUGCUUCACGAGUUUAAGCGUUAUACAAUAUAUGAAUAAAAGCUGCAUUUGCCUGAAUAUCUGCAUGUCAUUAUUGCUUAUAUAAAACAUAAUAAAUUGUAAAAUGGAACAAUUAUCGAGCCCAAAAACAUCACCUGAUGUAAUGAACGUGACUCUAAGGAAAAAAAGUCAGCCCAAGUCCACGACAAAUUGCCGAGAAAGCUGUUUAAACGAAGACACGUUAAGAGAAAUAAUUAAGGAUGAAUUGGCUGCGGCACUUAAAUCGUCCUUUAAAGAUUUACUCACUGAUCAAUUGAAAAACAUACAAGAAGAGAUAUCUGAAUUCAAAGUUUCGUUUGGAUUUUUCAACGAGAAAUUCGAAGAUUUUAGGAAACGUUCAGACGAAAAGGAUGCCAUAAUUGAUCAAUUACGUAGCGAUAACACAAAACUUCAGCAAAAUGUCAUUGACCUUACUACUCGAUUAUGUAUUGUUGAACAAAACAUGCGUGAAAACAACGUGGAAAUAAACGGUUUGCCCGAAAACAAGUCCGAAAACCUAGUACAGACACUACAGAAUAUCGCGAAAGUAACCAGCUGCGAUAUUAGCGAUAGUGACAUCAUGCAAGUUACAAGAGUUGCCAAACUAAACAAAGAGAACAACCGCCCACGUACUGUGAUCGCUAAGCUCCGCAGCCCCCGUCAGCGUGACAACCUUCUGGCUGCCGUGGGAGAUUAUAACAAGAAACACCCCACGGACAAAUUGAGCUCACAUCACAUUGGCAUAGGUGGUAACAGAGUGCCUAUUUAUGUUAGCGAGCAUUUGUGCCCUACUGGAAAAUACCUCCACGCUGCGACACGCAAGAUGGCUAAAGAACUGUCAUACAACUUUGUCUGGAUACGAAAUGGCCGUAUUUUUGUCAGAAAGGACAUCUACUCAAAACCUAUCUACAUACGCAAUCAGGAUAGCUUAAAAUUGAUGAAACCAACAGACGUCGCAGUUUAAUUUAGAUGUAUGUACCUAUUUAAUUUUUUUAUCAGUGUUAUUGGCAUUUUUUGUACUUGCAAUGCUUGAUAUUUACUAUCAAAAUGUUCGUGGAAUGAGAACUAAAACAGAAGACAUUUAUAAAAAUAUUUUACUCACCGAUUUUGAUAUAAUUGCUUUCACUGAAUCUUGGCUAAAUAAUAGUAUAACUAAUGGAGAGUUCAUUGACCCGCGUUAUGUAGUUUAUCGUAGAGAUCGAUCUACUUCAAAUGUAUCCAAAAACGAUGGAGGAGGGGUUAUGAUUGCUGUUAAUAGUAAAAUAAAAUGUGUUAGAAUGAAAAACUGGGAAAGCAAUUUUGAAGAUUUAUGGCUAUCUAUAGAAUUAUCUGUUAAUAAUCAAACUAAGAAAAUAGCACUAUGUAUUAUCUAUAUGCCCCCUCCAGUAAAAUUAGACUCUCUACAGUACUUUUUAAAUAAUGUCAAUAAUGUGCUUAAUAAUGUUGAUGAUGUUGUGAUUCUUGGCGAUUUCAACUUGGGUUUUAUUAAUUGGACUAGGAAAGAUGAGGAUCUACAUCUCUCGCCAUCGAACUAUGAAAACUCAAUAGGCUACUCGCUAAUUGACUUUCUGUCAAUUAACCAACUACACCAAUUUAAUUCCACCCUAAAUGCCGAAAAUAGAAUAUUAGAUUUAGUAUUUAGUAACAUAUCAGAUCUAACAGUUAACAAGCCCACUGACCUUUUAAGUAAAUUGGACUCUCAUCACCCUAACUUGCUUAUAUCCAUUCCAUAUACUGACACUAAACAGCUAAAAACUAACUAUCGCUCUGGUUACAACUUCUUUAAAGCCGACUAUGAACAGAUUAAAAAUCAUCUUAAAAACGUUAAUUGGAACUUUACUUUUGAGAAAUGUGUCGAUAUUAAUGAAAAAGUUGAUGCUUUUUAUAACGUACUUCAGACCUCAAUCGAAAAAUUUGUUCCUAAAUACUCAAAGAAAAAAUCUAAAUAUCCCUCUUGGUUUUCCAAUGCACUCAUUGGAGCGCUGUCUGAAAAAGAGAAAUAUAGGCAAAAAUACCGCAAAUAUAAAAAUCCUCGGGACAGACUCACAUUUGAAUUACUUCGUAGUCGCUGUCACGCAUUAAUGAACGACUGUUACAAAAAUUUCAAAAGCAAGAUUGAGAAUGAUAUUCCUAAGAAUCCUAAAACUUUCUGGAGGUUCAUAAAAGAUAAGCGCCGAGGUGAAUCUUGUAUACCUGCUGAAAUGUCUAUGAAUGAUAGGGUAGUUAGUGGUGGUCCUGAAAUUGCUAAUCUUUUUGCGGAUCAAUUUGUAUCAGUUUAUAGUCGUGUACCUACCAAUUUCUCAAAUAACAAUUGUCCCAAUGAUUUCUCAGGGAUUGACUCAAUUAUAGGUUCAAUUAAGUUUACAGAGAACCAAGUUUUUAAUAAGCUCAAACGUAUAGAUAUUUUGAAGGGGCCAGGUCCUGACUCGAUACCCCCCUUAUUCAUAAAACGUUGCUGCCGUGAACUGGCUCUACCAUUGCACUUUAUUUUUAAUUCUUCCCUAGAUGACGGUAUCUUCCCUGA